CCCUCCCUCCCUCCAGCGGGGCCGGGCGAGCCCAGCGCGCAUCCCUGGGCGCUGCGGGGCGGGGAGCGGGACCGGAGCGGAGCCUCGGAGCUCCACGGAGCCAUUCCCGGCUCUGCUCGCCAUCCCCGGGCUCUGCUCGCCAUCCCCGGGCUCUGCUCGCCAUCCCCGGGCUCUACUCGCCAUUCCCGGCUCUACUCGCCAUCGCCGGACUCUGCUCUCCAUCCACGGGCUUUGCUCGCCAUCCCCGCGCUCUGCUCGCCAUUCCCGGGCUCUGCUCUCCAUUUCCAGCUCUGCUCGCCAUCCCCGGGCUCUCCUCGCCUUUCCCUGUCUCUAUUCGCCAUUCCCGGGCUCCGCUCGCCAUCCUUGGCUGCGCUCGCCAUUCCCGGGCUCUACUCUCCAUCCCGGGCUCCGCUCGCCCUUCCCUGUCUCUACUCGCCAUUCCCGGGCUCCGCUCGCCAUUCCCGGGCUCUACUCGCCAUUCCCGGGCUCUCCUCGCCCUUCCCGGCCGCCGCUGCUCCGGUUUGCCCGGCUCCCUGCAGCACCGGCACCGCCGCCCGGACUGGCUGAUUUUCCUAUCGGGAAUUUGCGCCGUUUCCUCCAGGAGCGGGCGGGAUUUUCCUGGAAUCGGGUCGGGUUCGUCCUCCCCGGGAGCCGCCGCAGCCCAGGAACAGGGCCUGGCAAAGGGGGAACUUCCGUCAGGGGUGAGAAAACACGGAGGUCCUGCUGAUGAAGAGGAGGUGAGGCCGAGCUGCAGCUCACGCUCCGCUCCGUUCCCUGCGGGACCCUGACCCUGCUCCCGCCCCGCCCGCCCCGGCGCCGCCCCGAUGCCGAAGAACAGCAAGGUGACACAGCGGGAGCACAGCAGCGAGCAUGUCACCGAGUCGGUGGCCGACCUGCUGGCCCACCAGGAGCCCGUGGACUACAAACGCAGCGUCCUGAACGUGGCCGGGGAGAGCUGGGACAAGCAGAAGGAGGGGGAUGAGGAGCUGGAUGCGGAGAACCGGCCGGCGUGGAACAGCAAGCUGCAGUACAUCCUGGCGCAGAUCGGCUACUCCGUGGGGCUGGGCAACGUCUGGCGCUUCCCCUACCUGUGCCAGAAGAAUGGAGGAGGUGCCUACCUGGUCCCAUACCUGGUCCUGCUCGUCAUCAUCGGGCUGCCCCUGUUUUUCCUGGAGCUGGCAGUGGGGCAGCGGAUCCGCCGGGGCAGCAUCGGUGUCUGGAAUUACAUCUGUCCCCGCCUGGGAGGCAUCGGCUACGCCAGCUGCCUGGUCUGUUUUUUUGUUGGUCUCUACUACAACGUCAUCAUUGGCUGGAGCAUCUUUUACUUCUUCAAGUCCUUCCAGUACCCCCUGCCCUGGAGCGAGUGCCCCGUCGUGAAGAACGGCUCGGUGGCGGUUGUGGAGACUGAAUGUGAGAGGAGCUCGGCCACCACCUACUUCUGGUACAGGGAGACCCUGGACAUCUCCAACUCCAUCUCUGAGAGCGGGGGGCUGAACUGGAGGAUGACCCUGUGCCUGCUGGUGGCCUGGAGCCUUGUUGGCCUGGCCAUGAUCAAAGGCAUCCAGUCCUCAGGGAAGGUGAUGUACUUCAGCUCCCUCUUCCCGUACCUGGUGCUCGUUUGCUUCUUGGUGCGGGGGCUGCUGCUGCGGGGGGCAGUGGACGGGAUCAUGCACAUGUUCACACCCAAGCUGGACAAGAUGCUGGACCCGCAGGUGUGGCGUGAAGCAGCCACGCAGGUGUUCUUCGCCCUGGGCCUGGGUUUUGGGGGGGUCAUUGCCUUCUCCAGCUACAACAAGCAGGACAACAACUGCCACUUCGAUGCCACCCUUGUCUCCUUCAUCAACUUCUUCACCUCUGUGCUGGCCACCCUGGUUGUGUUUGCUGUGCUGGGCUUCAAGGCCAACAUCAUGAAUGAGAAAUGCGUGGUGGAGAACGCUGAGAAGAUCUUGGGCUACCUGAACACCAACGUGCUGAGCCACGACCUCAUCCCACCCCACGUGAACUUCUCCCACCUCACUGCCAAGGACUACAACGAGAUGUACAGGGUGAUCAUGACGGUGAAGGAGGGGCACUUCAAAGAGCUGGGCCUGGAUGCCUGCCUGCUGGAGGAUGAGCUCAACAAGUCGGUGCAAGGGACUGGCCUGGCCUUCAUUGCCUUCACAGAAGCCAUGACCCACUUCCCAGCCUCGCCCUUCUGGUCUGUCAUGUUCUUCCUGAUGCUGAUCAACCUGGGCUUGGGGAGCAUGAUUGGCACCAUGUCAGGCAUCACCACGCCCAUCAUCGACACCUUCAAGGUGCGGAAGGAAGUGUUCACAGUCGGUUGCUGCAUCUUCGCCUUCGUGGUGGGGCUGAUCUUCGUGCAGCGUUCUGGAAACUACUUUGUGACCAUGUUUGACGAUUACUCAGCCACGCUGCCGCUCACCGUCGUGGUCAUCCUGGAGAACAUCGCCGUGGCCUGGAUUUAUGGCACCAAGAAGUUCAUGCAGGAGCUGACGGAAAUGUUGGGUUUCCGACCUUACCAGUUCUACUACUACACCUGGAAGUACGUGUCUCCCAUCUGCAUGGCCGUGCUGAUGACUGCCAGCAUCAUCCAGCUGGGAGUGAGCCCCCCGGGGUACAGCGCGUGGAUCAGAGAGGAGGCUGCCGAAAAGUUCCUGUUCUACCCAACCUGGGCCAUGGCCAUCCUCAUCUCCCUGAUCAUCCUGGCCUCCCUCCCUCUGCCUCUGGUCUUCAUCCUCCGGCAGUUCCACCUGGUGUCCGACGGCUCCAACGCCCUCUCCGUCACCUACAAGAAGGGUCGGAUGAUGAAGGACAUCUCCAACCUGGAAGACAACGACGAGACGCGCUUCAUCCUGAGCAAGGUGCCCAGCGAGACGCCCUCGCCCAUGCCCACGCACCGCUCCUACCUGGGCCCCGGCAGCAACUCCCCCAUGGAGAUGAGCACUGCUCCCAACGGACGCUACGGGAGCGGCUACCUGCUGGCCAGCACCCCCGAGUCUGAACUGUGAUGGUUGCCUGCCCACCACCCCCACCGGGAGAGGAGGGCACUGGGGAGUGGAUGCUGGCUGUCCAGGCAACAGGAAAAUUAAUUACUAAGGAAGAUGAAGAAGAAACCCCUCUUAAAAUCGUAAGCAAAGCAGCCAUUUCUGAGAUGACGUCGGGAAGAAGGGAUUGCAGGAGGGGCAGGACUCCUCUGACAACCCUCGGUGGAAAGGCAGGACCCCUGGCCUCAUCUCCAGGGAAGGGAGGAGGAGUAAGAGAUGCUGCAAUACCUUUCCAAGAGCUGUUCUCAUGCAGCUCGAAUCUGAAGCAAAGAAUCUCUCUUUUCUAAGCAGCUGAUGGUUGGAACAAGGACCUGGCAGCAGGAGGGAGGCCAAUCACACUUCCUCCUGUCACCCAGAGCUCUUCCCUCCCCGUCUGUUGUCCUUUAGCCAGGAGGAGUCAUGGCCUUAUUCCAACGAGCACAAUUAACCAUCGAUGUUCAUAGCACAAAAAGGUGCUGUUGUUGUCACCAUCGUUGUUGUUGUUGUAUCUCCUGUAGGUUUUUAUAGCUGUGGACACACCCAAAUAUCCCCCCAAAUUCUGACCAGGGUUGGCAGGGAGCAGUGCUGGGCUGGCUGGGAUGUUGGGGUGUGUGGGACAGGGCCUGGUGCGUCCCUGGAAUCUUUGUUGGCACCAGCAUAGGGACGGUGGCUGGGAGUUGUUUGGAGGCAUGGAGAUGUCCCAGCCAUGGGAUGGAGGGGCUGGGAUGCUCUGAGGGUUGGUGGUGGUGGUGCUGAGUGGCAGGAGGACCCCUGAAGUGACAGUGGUUUGGGUGUGUGAGCCUGUGAGGGGUCUGGUGUGAGGGGGUCAGGAGUGCUCUCCUGGAAUUACUCCUGACCUGUGGGAUGCUCUGCUGAACCAAAAUCCCUGGCAUGGUGAUCAUCUCCUCUCACUCCUCUCUUUAGAUGUCCCAGAGGGACAAGCAGAGGAGCUGUGGGACAUCCAGUCCCACCACACUCCUGGUGUAGCUCUCAGGAAACCACCCUGAUCAUCCCGUGCUGCCUGCUGAGGUGAGCUGGGCAGUGGCUCUCUCUGGAUGUGCCUCCUCAUUUCUCCUCAUGUCCCCUUUGAGCCAGGGCUUUGGCAUUGCCUCCUGUCCCACCCCACAGGGGCUCACCAGCCUCUGGGUGGGGGUGACCAGCUCCUGGGGACCACAGGCACCCGAGGAGCAGCAGCUCUUGGGAGCCAGUGCUGGGUGCCAGGUCCCCACCAGCUCUUGAUCCAGGCUGGGGAGCCCCUGUAUGGUCCAGGGGCCUCUACUGUGCCCAUCCAUGUUUUUGGGGAUCAGAUGAUGUGACCUUACAUUGUUUCUCCCCAGGCUGUUUAGGAAAGGUGGGAUCUUCUAUCUCUGAGUCUCUCCCACUGGGACUGAGGGUCAUUUCCCUGAAUCCCACAUGUAACCAAGCACUCCUGCCAAGGGUUCCAGGGUAACCUGGCAUCAUCCCCCUUUUCCUUGGGCACACAGAAGCAGCAGCCUCCUUGCACUCUCAGAGGCUGGGGGAGCUCCUCAUCCUGGCUCCUGCUGGGCUUGGGCUGUGCAGGAAGAUCUUUCAGGCUGCUCUGAAGGCCACGUUGGUGGGUGCUGGUUCCUGAGCCCUUCUCACUUUCCUGUCAAUUGCUUUUCUUUCACCUUGGUUCUCCUUUUGGCUGGAGGUGAAGGCAGAAAGCAGCUGGUCCAUUCAGCACAUCCCUGAUUCUCAGCAUCCCUGGGGCCAGGAGGUUCCCACAGUGACAUCUCUUGUGGGUGUGAUCCUUUAUUCACAGUCUUCUCCAUGGGCUUGGCUGGUGGCCUGGAGACUCUUCCUGGACAAUUAGCUCAAGCCCUUCAUUAAUUAUUUUUCUGGGGGGAAGAUGGAGGAAUGGACUGAACCAAAGCAGCUCGGUGAUGGUUCCAAGAGGCACCAGAUCUGAGAGUCAGGAUCAGCCACGCUUCUCCAGAAAUUCCCCCUUCCUCAUCUCCUCCCAUGUCUUUCUCCUUCCUCUGCCCAUGCAAGAGGGACACAGAAAUGUCCCCAUGGUGUUAUCUCUGGAAGGGAGAAGCCCAAAUCUGGUGGCAUCUCCCCAUCAGCAGGCCAACAUGCUCCCUCCCAUUUCUUAUGGGGUCCAUCCUCACCUGACCAGCAGAACAGAGGAUGAGUCAAAUCAUUGCCCAGCAUCACCUCCCUGACACCCUGAGCCAGGGGCUGGAUUCCCACCGUAGCUCCCAUGGAGUUAUUGGAGCAGGACACCCCCAAACUCUCAGCCCACAUGCUCCCAUCAUGGCAUGAUGCUCCUUCAACCCCAGGGGGAAGGAUCCAGCCCCCUCUCUCCCACCCCCAUUCCCAAACCAGCCAGGGAGGCUCUUGCUUUCCUCUCUUCUUCUUGCAGCAUCCAUAGGAGGCAAAGUCAAUAAGGAGGUAACAAAGAAGCUAUAUUAUAUAUAUAAAAUAUAUACAGAGAGAGGAGAUGGAAUAAUAACCUAGAGAUUCUCUAUUUCUAUUGUAUAUUUAUUCUGUAAAUGUCACUGUAAAUGCUGUUAAAUGACAAAUCGUAUUCCAAAGUGGCCCAUGACCUAUUUUCAUUCCCAGUGCUGUACAGAUCAAUUCUCAUUCUAUAGCAGGGCAUAUUUUUUAUUUCUUGUGCGUGGUGGGUGCACGUCCCCUUCUCCCCCCAGCCCCAGGGUGUGCCCUGGGCAUCCAGCAGAGAGGAGGAGCAGGAGGAGGAGGAGGGACACCACCCUUAUUUUACCUGUGAAAUCUGUACUUUGUCGUGGCAUUAUCUCGGUGUUAGGCACGGGGAGGGGGGCAGUGUGUGUGUCGGGCUGUGGGGUCCGUGUGUCCGUCCGUGGUGCCGUGCGUGGGGUGUGUGCGUGUCCGUGUGCCUGGCUGGCUUUAGGAUCCACUGCUGCCUCUUCUCGCUCACCUGUGGAGCCUGUGGGGGGUUUCUCCCGUUUGCUGGGGCAGCUUCUCCCUCCACACACCUGCCUGGGGCCCCAGGCUGUGGAUUUGGCCGGCCCCUGUGGCUUUCAGCCCCAGAAAUCACUUCUUUUCCUCUUUUCCUGCACAGAGGCACAGGGAAUAGCUGCUAGUUGUGAGCACAGGCACUUUCCAGUUUUCCUUCAGGCAGUGGGACAAAGAGGGGGGAACCACUGCCCAUGUCCCUGUCCCCCCACAUCAACUCCUUGAUGGUUCCCAGAGCAGUGUGCUGUCCCUGGCUGGGGGAUGGGGAGGUGCUGCGUAGAUCAGGAGGGGUCCAAACCCCAUUCCAUUUUUUGGGGGGAGGGUGUUCAGUGGGUCUGGAGGGGGCAGAAAGGAGGUGCUGGAGGGGCAAACCCUGUGGAGCAGGAGCUGCAGGCCCAGCCUGCAGGGCUGGAUUUGGGAUGCUCUGAUCCCAAUCUUAGGGCUGGAUUUGGGAUGCUCUGAUCCCCAGCCUGUAGGGCUGGAUUUGGGAUGCUCUGAUCCCCAGCCUGUAGGGCUGGAUUUGGGAUGCUCUGAUCCCCAAUCUUAGGGCUGGAUUUGGGAUGCUCUGAUCUUCAGUCUUAGGGCUGGAUUUGGGAUGCUCUGAUCCCCAGCCCUGCAGUUGGGGUGCUCUGAGCCCCAGUCUUAGGGCUGCAGUUGGGAUGCUCUGAGCCCCAGGCUCUGCUGCAGAGGGGAUGCUCUGAUCCCCAAUCUUAGGGCUGGAUUUGGGAUGCUCUGAUCCCCAGUCUUAGGGCUGGAUUUGGGAUGCUCUGAUCCCCAAUCUUAAGGCUGGAUUUGGGAUGCUCUGAGCCCCAGCCCUGCAGUUGGGAUGCUCUGAUCCCCAAUCUUAGGGCUGGAUUUGGGAUGCUCUGAUCCCCAAUCUUAGGGCUGGAUUUGGGAUGCUCUGAUCCCCAAUCUUAGGGCUGGAUUUGGGAUGCUCUGAUCCCCAAUCUUAAGGCUGGAUUUGGGAUGCUCUGAGCCGCAGCCUCUGCUGCAGAGGGGACGGCUGGAGCUGGGUCCCCAGGGUGUCCCAUGGCUCCUUCCCCUCAAUCCCUCCACAACAGCCCCUUCCUCACCUCUCAGCUCCUGCCCAGACCCCGACAGGUCACAUUAAGCCCCAGCACCUCCCAGAAGCAACUCCCACUGCCUCCUAAUGUCCCCCCCUCGCCGGGUCUGGCUGGCCCCGGUGGCCGGGAGGGACAGGGCACAGCCAGGGGAACAGCGGGACGCGGCUGCUUGCCCGGGGACGAGCACAGGGCUGGCGAGUCCCUCCCGCGCAGGUGAAGCACAGAGCCCGAGUGACACGUCCCGUGUCCCCUGGAGCCGCAGCAGUUCCCAAAUGUGCCGGGCGGGGCCGGCCGCGCCCCCGGGCUCCUCGGCCGCCGAGAGAAACCCUCCAAGAGCUGUAUCGGAGUCUGAUUAAAAGUCUCUU